AUGAUAACCAAUCACUUCCUGGGUCUACUGAUGCUCUCCAUCCUGCAGCCAAUCAAUGCCCUGCCUGUGGCACCUGGAAAUACUGUGAAUCUCUUGGGAACAUUGCCGGAGAAGGAUGAUGGAAGGAUACUCCAGCGCUCCAAACGAGGAUGGAUGUGGAAUCAAUUCUUUCUUCUGGAGGAGUACACAGGGAAUGACAACCAGUAUGUUGGCAAGGUAAGGGUUUUGUGCACCGUUUUUAUGGGGCAUUCUUUGUAUGCUGCCUUGAGAUGAUCGAUUAUGUCAAAGUACACUCAGUCAAAAGGACUGUUCCUGUUGGACGUGCCAUAACUUUCAAUAGUUUCUGAAAAUGUGUACAUAAAUAGAGAGGAGUGCACCAAAUGAGAACUCCCUUAAUGUAGGUAUUAGCUUGUUAGGCCAAUGAUCAUAUGUGAAGGGAAUGGGCUCCUAUAUCCCAGCAACAGGCAACUAAUUCCAGCCAUCCUUCCCUCAUUCACACCACAAUUCAAAAACAACAAAGUUGGUUAUAAAUGAGUUCAAAAAUUAAUAAUCAGUCACUCAAAUUAGAGAUUUAACAUGACACAGAGAGGAGGAAUAGAUGUUCCAUAUACGACAGACAACUUAACCAAAUCAAGUCAUGAGGGCGGACAUAACGGCUAGACAAAAUCACUGACCCAGUCCCUCACAUCGCCAAGGGCCUGAGAGCCUCCUCUAUCAUGAUGAUACAGCUAUUCAACUGACAGAGGCCUGUUUUAGCCAGUCAGGGACCAGAUAAGAACACAUAAAAGUUGAAAUAUUUCUCAGAGCUAUAACCCUCCACUUUAGAUCAAAGGAGUGACGUGUCAAGCCACCAGUGUUAGUGCUAACACAGAGACAGCUAGUCGCAGUGUUAGAGACAACGCUACAGUUAUCAUCCUGAGGGAGGGGAACGAGGUGACUGUCGACAGCCAAUUUUCUCAGAGGAAGCUGGCUUUCAUCACCUGCCUCAUCCUCAGGAGUAAACAAGUGUCACUGUACAGGGUGGAGUACAGUCUGAUGUAG